AUGGCGGCCCCGGCGCUGGGCUCGCCCGGCCGCCGCAGCCGCUUGGAGCGGGAGCAGGAGCGGGCCGUCCGCGCCCUGGUGCGCAGGGUGACCGCCCUGUCGGAGGAGGAGGAGGAGGAGGAGGAGGGGGAGCUGGGCCGCGGCGGCCGGUUCCAGACGGCGCUGAAUUUCGCUUGGUCCAACUUCAGAUUUCACCGUUUUCUUGAUGUGAACAGUCACAAAGUAGAGAGGACAAUAGAAGGAAUACAUGAGAAAUUGGUAGUUCAUUCUGACCUUGGAAAAGCUGCAAGCUGGAAAAGACUAACAGAAAAAUUUCUGAACUCGCCACUCCCAAGUACAGAAGAAACAAAGACAGAUACACACUAUUCCAUACUGUCUCUUCUGUUGUGUUUGUCUGAUUCUCCAUCCAACACCAACUAUGUCGAAAAACCAAGAGUCAAAGAAGUGGAUUCCUUUUUGAAUGAUCUCUGCACAUUCCCUCGGCGGUGUUUUGAAUGCACUUUCAGCCCAUUCCAGGAAUGUGAAUAUGAAGAGGUUAUCUCAAACAGCACUAAUUACAAAAAGGAAGAAGAAUUUGAUUGGGGAAAGUAUUUGAUGGAAGGAGAAGAAAUUUACUUUGGCCCAGGCAUAGAUACACCAGAUUGGUCUGGAGAAAGUGAAGAGGAGGAAGACACUCAGCCUUUGAGCAGGGAGGACUCAGGUAUUCAGGUAGACAGAACACCCUUAGAAGACCAAGAUCCAAAUAAGAAAACAGUACCUAAUGCUUCCUGGAAAGUAGGUGAACCUGAUGCCCGUAGCUGGCUGGAGCAGCAUGUAGUUCCUCAGUACUGGACAGGAAGAGCUCCUCGCUUUGCACAUAGUUUGCACUUGCAUUCCAACCUAGCUGCAGUCUGGGACCACCACUUGUACACCAAUGAUCCUUUAUAUGUGCCAGAAGAGAGAAUACUAGUCACUGAAACUCAGCUUAUACGGGAAACUCUUUGGCUCCUUUCAGGAGUGAAAAAGCUUUUUAUAUUUCAGCUGAAUGAUGGAAAAGUGGCCGUGCGGAAUGAUAUUAUUGUAACUCAUUUAACCCAUAAUUGCCUGAGAUCUGUAUUGGAGCAGAUAGCAGCAUAUGGUCAAGUUGUGUUUAGACUGCAGAAGUUUAUUGAUGAAGUGAUGGGACACAGCCCAGAAAACAUAAUGCAUGGAACAGUUUCCACGCCAAAGAAAACAACUGAAGCCCCGUUCAGAACCUAUCAAGCUUUUAUGUGGGCCUUGUACAAAUAUUUCAUUAGCUUUAAAGAAGAACUUACUGAAAUUGAAAAAUGUAUAAUCAACAAAGAUAAAACAGUCACACUUUCAAUAGUAAUAGAUAAGUUGUCUCCCCGACUGGCACAGCUGAAGGUACUUCACAAAGUUUUCAGCACAGGAGUAGCAGAAGUGCCGCCCGACACUAGAAAUGUCGUACGAGCAUCUCAUCUGCUUAACACUCUCUACAAAGCUAUUCUGGAAUAUGACAGUGUGGGAGAAGCAUCUGAGCAAACGGUAUCCCUUCUGUUCUCUCUCUGGGUUGAAACUGUGAGGCCAUACUUACAGACAGUGGAUGAGUGGAUAGUCCAUGGUAAUUUGUUUGAUCCUGCAAAGGAAUUUAUCAUUCAGAGAAACAAAAAUGUUCCAGUUAAUCACAGAGAUUUUUGGUAUGCUACCUACACAUUAUAUAGUGUGUCAGAGAAGACAGAGAAUGAAGAGAAGAUGAGUGAUAAUGCCAGUGCCAGUUCUGGCAGUGAUCAGGCCCCUUCAAGCAGGCAGCACACUAUGGUCUCUUUUCUGAAACCUGUGCUAAAGCAAAUAAUUAUGGCUGGAAAAUCCAUGCAGCUGUUGAAGAAUCUUCAAUGCAAAGAUGGCUCUCCAAAGCAGGCUGCAUCAAGAGAUGCUGAACGAAAGAGUUUGUAUACACUUUUCUUGGAAUCAGUGCAGUCUCGCCUGAGGCAUGGGGAAGAGUCUGUUCCAGAUAUUAUUACAGAACAGCAGGCCACAAAGCAGAGCCUGAUAAAGAUGCAGUCUAUAGCAGAAAGACACCUGGAACUGGAUGAUGUCCAUGACCCACUGCUGGCGAUUAAUUUUGCCAGAUUAUAUUUGGAACAGAAUGACUUUCAUGAGAAGUUUACUGGUGGGGAUGUUUGUGUGGAUAGAUCUUCAGAAUCAGUGACCUGCCAGACUUUUGAACUGACAUUGAGAUCUUGCCUUUAUCCACACAUAGACAAGCAAUAUUUGAAAUGCUGUGGAAAUCUAAUGCAAACAUUAAAGAAGGAUUAUAGGCUUGUAGAAUAUUUGCAGGCGAUGAGAAACUUUUUCUUACUUGAAGCUGGAGACACCAUGUAUGACUUCUAUACUUCUAUUUUUGACAAAAUUAGAGAAAAGGAAACUUGGCAGAAUGUUGCUUUCUUAAAUGUUCAACUUCAAGAAGCAGUUGGGCAACGCUAUCCGGAGGACAGUUCAAGGUUGUCUAUAUCAUUUGAAAGUGUUGAUACAGUGAAGAAGAAACUCCCUGUCCACACCUUAGAUGGUCUGAUAUUAAGUUACAAGGUUCCUUGGCCUGUGGAUAUAGUUAUAAGCUUAGAGUGCCAAAAAAUUUACAAUCAAGUUUUUCUGCUCUUACUGCAAAUAAAGUGGGCCAAGUAUAGUCUAGAUGUUUUACGAUUUGAUGAACUAGUCUGUGCUGCAGAAAGCCCCCAGGUUAAGGAAGGAACUUCAUUACAACAAGGAAGGCUUCCUCUCUUUGGACUGCAAACAGAAAGUAUAAAACAACAAAUACAUCGCAUGUUCCUCUUAAGAGUGAAACUUAUGCAUUUUGUUAACAGCCUGCACAACUACAUCAUGACCAGGAUUCUUCACAGUACAGGCUUGGAGUUUCAGCAUCAGGUAGAAGAAGCCAAAGAUUUAGAUCAAUUGAUAAAGAUUCAUUACAGGUAUCUGUCUACAAUCCAUGAUCGCUGUCUACUGAGAGAAAAGGUGAGCUUUGUGAAAGAAGCUAUAGUGAAAGUGUUAAAUUUAGUACUGAUGUUUGCAGACCGUUGGCAGGCUGGUUUGGGGGCUUGGAAGAUGGAAUCCAUAGAGAAGAUGGAGUCUGAUUUUAAGAACUGUCACAUGUUUCUUGUAACUGUUCUCAACAAAGCUGUCUGUCGAGGCUCUUUUCCUCACUUGGAAUCUUUAGCAUUAUCACUGAUGGCUGGCAUGGAACAAAGUUAAUACCUGAAUCCAUUGAAUUAUGGAAGACCUUGAAUCAAUUGAAUUACUAAGAACUGAAAGCAGCAUUUAUAUUGAAAUUUGUUUGUUAAAAACCUAUAAGCGUUUUACACUGCAGAUUGAAAUGUGUAUAGCUGAAUGACACUGAUUUUGAACUGUGUAAAAUAUUGUAAAUUGUAAAUAAUGUGUAGAUAUUUAUGUGUAUUUGUUGUGGCAGUAUUUUCUCUGUGUGUAUAUGUGUCAACAAUAUUGCUUGAAAAUACAUAAAACGCAUUUCAUGCUGUAAAAAGGAUUUAGUUGGGGUUUUUUUAAGAAUAAUUGCUGAUUACUUCUUCAUUAAUUCUGCAGCUGUGAGUAGGUCAUAGGGCACUGUGGAGUGGUAUGGCUCCAUUAUUUUUCAAAGGUGGGUUGAAUUAAUUUUUGGCCUUCUUUGCUUUGAAAAAAGGCUGAGAAGCGUUCAUCUUAUUUGCCCAAUGGUUCUUAAGAACUUUUUGGGAACAGCUGACUGUUGCAAUAAACUGAGGUAGAAAAUACAAGAUUAACUUAUCAAAAUAGAUUAUGGCAGACUGUAUGUUAUGGUUUGGGAGACCCCAGCACAGUGCUGGACACCUGUAGAGCGGGUCCUUAGGCCCCUGAAGGAUUGGAAGGGUCAGUGUUCCCGCCCGCUUCCUGUCACAAUCUGUAAGAGCCAGGAGAGCCAGAAGCCGGUUCUUUCUCCCUUCCUGCUCCUCUCUCCCUGCCGGGGCUGCUGCUGGUUCCUGCGGCUUCCCACGUGCUUGCUCCAGAAUCCAGCUGCACCGGGUGCUGGGAGGAGCCCUGGACCUUUCCCCUGGAGCAGCCCUGCCUUUCCCAUAUCCCUGCAUCAUCGAGAGCAAUGUUGUAUGUAAAUACUGACCUGUUCUCCCCCCAUGUUUUACUCUUUUACCUUGUGUUGUAGUUAAGUUUGUUUCUAGUUUCAAUUUCCGAAGUUUAAGUCUCUCUUCCUUAUUCCCCUUCUAUCUUCCCUUGGGAGGGUGGAGGGGGUGUAAUAGAGAGUAAUUCUGUCCUCUGUUGUUUUGGGAUUCACCUUUAAUAUUUAAAACAGGACACCAUAAAAUACCAGUAUUUUUUAUGUUAAGUUAUUGAAUGCUUAAUAAAUUAGUGGUAACUCUUUGUCAGUUUACAUACUAAAUAUUGGAUUGUUGAGAUAUUUCAGAGUUGGUCACGUGACCAUUCUCCUCUAAGGCUUUUGCAAACAAGCCUUACAUCUAAUAGCAAACAUCUUGUGAAGCAGUAGAUUGUAAUACAGAAGGGUACGUUUCUAGAGGAGUAAAUGUGGAAUGUGUUCUGCACAAGGUUACUUGCCCUCGCUCCUCCCCCUGGAACUUUCCCUGUAAUUCUGACAUCAGUAUACCUACAUUUAAAAAGAGAAAAUCAGUCAUAGCCAUUUACCUCUUUAUUUGACUGAAUAAAAUAUUUGAUAAUUGGA